UCUCUCCUCUCUCAAUCCAAACCAAAUAUCGUCAAACAAAAAUUCACUCUCUAAACCCUAGUUUCAUCCCUAAUUUCCAUAUCCAAAUUUCUCCCUAAUUCCUUUAAAUCCCAGUAGUUACUCGAAUUAGAAACAUAAUUUCUUUCUGAAAGGGACGUGUUCGAUUAUCGAAUCAAUUUGUCGGGAGCUUAUUUUAUUCAAUCUUUUUAUUGCUUGGGGAUUCGAAGGAACUUUCGGAGAAAGAUACGUUUUUACAGCGUUGGAGCAUCUCGAAGUUUAGCUUUUGAAAGUGAUUCGUUGAAUUUUAUUGCUGCCUAAGCUUAUUUCAAGUAAAUUUUGGUUAAAUUUUGAAGAAUGUUGUGUGAAAUAAUUUUCUUUCCGUUCUCUGAAUAGGAGGGGUUUGGACAGGAAAGGUAUUUGUACCUUGUUUUUCUCAACACUUAUUAGCUUGAUUCUGGUUCUUCUGUUGGAUUCAAGUGUUUUCAUAGCAUUAGUGAAGAUUGAAAUUUGAAGGAGCUAUCAUGGAUUAUGCACUUUCUGAUAGUAGCGGAACAGAUGAUGACUUCCCUCCUUCACAUCAAAAUCGGUUUCAUAGAGGGGGUCGCACUGCUGCUGGGAAUGGAAGAUCAGCAGUUGUAGGUUCUGCUCCUUUGCCUCGAAUGCAUGGUGACAUGGAAACUCAAAUCCAUCUCAUUGAGCUGGAAGCAUACUGUUCGGUCUUACGGGCCUUCAAAGCUCAAGCAGAUGCUUUAACUUGGGGGAAGGAAAGUUUAAUUACUGAACUCAGAAAGGAGUUGAGAGUAUCUGAUGAGGAACAUAGGGAACUUCUAUUGACGGUUAAUGCUGAUGACAUGAUUCUUAGGAUAAGGGAAUGGAGAACGAUGAGUGGGCUCCAGCCUGGAAUGCUCAGUACCAGUCAGCCUAUUCAUGACCCUUUACCUAGUCCAACUGUAUCAGGAUCACGCAAAAAGCUGAAAACGUCACAGACUGGAGCUUCAUUAUCUAUGGGUGGACCAUCUCCUGCAUUGCAUCCAUCUAUGCAACCAUCGUCAUCGGCCAUGAGACGGGGUCCUCCCCUAGGAACAAAGAGCAAGAAGUCAAAAUUAUCGACACGGUACCCUUCCACAGGUGUUCCUGAAACUCCCCAGGCUCUUAAUCGUUCUUCUUCAGGGGCUUUUGCAACUAAUGAAACUGCCGAAGCUGCACCAUAUGAUCCGUUAAUUGGAAGGAAAGUUUGGACUAGGUGGCCUGAAGAUAACCAUUUCUAUGAAGCUGUUAUAACAGACUUUAACCGAGUUGAGGGGAGGCAUGCUUUGGUUUAUGAUAUCAAUACGGCAGAUGAAACCUGGGAAUGGGUCAAUCUCAAAGAGAUAUCUCCUGAAGACAUUAGAUGGGAAGGUGAAGAUCCUGGAAUAUCCCAUAGAGGUGGUCGUCCAGGACCAGGCCAAGGGGUUAAGAAGUCCAUGGCUCGUGGUGGCAGGGUUGCUGGAGCAGGAAGAGGUCGGGGAAGUUUAAAGGGUGCCAAAAAAGAUUUUCCUUCUAAGCAAAAUGGCAUUGGAAGGAAGGCUUUGGGUGAUAUUGAGAUACUUCAUACAGAUACUCUAAUUAAGGAGGUGGAAAAAGUUUUUGGCGCAAGCCAUCCUGAUCCCCUAGAGACUGAGAAAGCAAAGAAAGUGCUGAAAGAGCACGAACAAGCGCUGGUUGAUGCAAUUGCUAGGCUUGAAGAUGCAUCUGAUGAUGAAAGUGCAGAUGGAGAGCACCGACUCUCACAAGGGCAAUCAAUGGAUCAAGAAAGAGUGGAGAAAGCGGCAGUACGAUGAGAUGGGUGAAGGUAGGAUGAUCGAAGGGUCUGAUGGCAAUAAAUGACCAACCAACGAGUGAUAGUCGUCAAAGCAAGUUUGGGGGUUUGGGGGGGGGUUAACGACAUGCAAUUUUAGCCACAACUUCUGUAUAUCCCAUCGUAGCAGCAGCAUUGUCAACUUCGAGUGCUUGUAUCUUGUUUAAUCCUCCUGACCUUCUACCAGCUAAGGUAAUGUCUUAUCCUUUUAGUUAUCUGGCUCAUUGGAUUUAGUUUUAUUGUAACCUUAAUUUAAACUAAGGUAGGAAAAUGCUUGUAUCAUUAAUCUUUUAGAUGCUAGUUCUCAUAUGUCUGACCAUUUAGAAGUUUAUAAGUACACAUUUUGUUUGAUUUUUUA